AUGUCGUGCUCCUCUUCGUCAUCUACACAAGUCUCCCGCACAGAAGUAGAGGCAGCAUUUGCAAUGUGCAAUGAAGAACGACCUCACCUUUUGAAACUUUCUGAUUUGAAGCUAGUUAUGCGUGCUCUUGGUUUCGACCCGCGUAACGCUCAAAUAGACCGAAUGACAAUGCGGUUCAGAGAGAUGCAAAGAAUGAGAGUAGGAGGACAUCAGGAAGUUGACCAUAUGGAUGUAGACGAGUUCCUCGAAAUUCUCAAAGAAGAUGGUGGAGAAAAAGAUGAGACUGCCGAUGAAAUGCGUACUGCCUUCAAACUUUUCGAUAAAGAAGGGAAGGGAUGGAUUACUGCCGAAAAUCUUAAGCAGGUUGCACAAGAGUUAGGAGAGCAACUUAGCGAAGAGGAUUUAGAAGAAAUGAUAAAAGAAGCGAGCCAGGAUGCGGAAGGACGAGUAGCGGAGGCGGAUUUCUUUGCAAUCAUGAAGAGAACUUGCCUGUAUUAA